GCGGCGGUAAAUAGGAAGCGAAGCAGAUGUGAGUCCGGAUCGAGUUGAACCGCAACAGAACCGGAACAGAACCGGAACCAGCACCGCACUCAACCCUCCCUAUGUCCCACCGGAGCCGCUCCCUGCCCGGCCACCGACACGGAGCUGCCCGUCGCCGGGACCAGGACCGCGGCUGAGAACAUGGAGGAAGACAGUGUGAGCAUAUGGCCGCGCAUGGAGCCCUUCCUACUGGGCGCUCUGCAGGUGGCUCCCUCCUCCAAACUCAGCCUGCACUAUCUGCGUAAGAUGGCGACCUACGUGCGAGCGCGGGACGGCUGCUUCCCGGUGCUGGGCUGGCCCAUGUGGAGGCACAUCGCCUGUGGGAAGCUGCAGCUGCCAGAAGACCUGGCCUGGCUCUACUUUGAGACCUUUGACCUUCUCUCGGGCCACACGGCCGAGGAGAGGCUGGAGCGGGCGGAGUCUCUUUCCCAGUGCGUCUCCAAGAGUGAGCUGGACCAACAGAGGAACAAGUUCACUGUGGACACGCUGCAGUUCCUCCUCUUCCUCUACAUCCAGCAGCUGAACCGUGUGUCUCUGCGCACGUCGCUGAUCGGUGAAGAGUGGCCGAGUCACCGCACCCGCUCCCCCUCCCCCUCCGACCGGGAGGCCAAGACCAGCUCCCAGAACAAGAACUGGGACGACCAGGCUCACCUGUCGUUUGUGCAAAGUCACCUCGGGGAGAUCCUGGAGCUGCUGGUGGAACCGGGACAACUGUCACAAUCUGGACAGGCGCUGAGAGACUGUCAGAUCUCCCUGGAGGCCGUGCGGAGCCUGGGUCUGCUGCUGGAGGGCUCGGCUUCCUGUGGCCGAGCCGUCCAGCCCGUCCACCGGCUCCUGACCAAAGGUCCGGCCCAGACUCAAGCCGGCUACUCCACCCUGAGCCGAUCCUUCUCCCUGCACACGCUGCUCUCCUGCCUCCACCACAGCCUCACCCUCAACCCGUUUGGAAUCACCGCCUGCCUGCGCUCCGGCAAGAAGCUGGCCUGGGCUCAACAAGUGGAGGGGGCCAUGAAGAGAGCCAAAAUAGCCAGGAACACCCACACGGCUCCUCCGGGCAGUAAGAUGGUGCUGAUGUCCCAGGUCUUCAAACAGACUCUCGCUAAAACCUCCGACAAGCUGACGGGCGCCAACAUCAAAAUCCACCGCUGCUCCGACGCCUUCAUCUACCUUCUCUCGCCUCUCAGAUCAGUCAGUCUGGACAAGUGCCGAGACAGCUUAGUGGUCCUGGGUCCCGUGGAGACCAGCGUCCACAUCCACAGCUGCCACAACGUGCGGGUGGUGUGCGUGGCGGGCCGGGUCGCCGUGGGAGCGUCCUCACGUUGUUCUAUCUACGCCCUGACGCCCAACCGCCCGCUGCUCCUGCCGGGAAACACAGACAUCACCCUGGGACCCUUCCACACCUUCUACCCGUCCCUGGAGGAUCACAUGGCCAGUGUGGGACUGGCCGUGGUCCCCAACGUCUGGGACCAACCCCUGCUCCUGGGCACCGAGGGCCUGGUCAACCCGGCGCUCAACACCUCGUCCAACCCGGACCCCGGCUGCUACCGGCUGCUGCCCCCCGCCGAGUUCCACGCGCUGGUGGUGCCGUUCCAGAUGGAGGGCGACACGUGUGAGGUGCCCGGCGGUCUGCCCGCUGCGUAUCAGGAAGCUCUCGAGGAAAAGCAGAAGAGAAUCCAGACCUGGCAGAAGACUGUGAUGGAGGCUCGGCUGAACAAGGAUCAGAAGAGACAGUUCCAGGAGUUGGUGGAAGUCAAGUUCCACGAGUGGCUCCUGGAAACAGGGAACCGGCAGGAGCUGGACAGCCUGAUCCCCCCGACGCUCGCCACGCCACACGAGUCCAACGGGUCUGAGUCCCACACGCUCCGAGUCAACGACACCACACUUAUAAGAAACGGACCGACAGUGGGAGAGUCGCCUAUGGCCUGUUGAGUGACUGGGCUUCUCUCUUCCAGCAGGAGAAUCUUAUUUGUUCAUGAGGGCAACACACAGAGGCCACGUGCAGCGAGCGUCUGUUUGAAUCAAGUGUUACUGUACAGGGAGUUUGUGAUUAUCGCUCCGGCAGCUCUGUGGCUUCUGCAGCAACUUGCAUCUCACUCAGUGUGGAGGAGUGUAAAGCUGGUAAAUGCUGCUUUUCCAGAAAAGGCAGCUGCUGUCGAGUGGAGGAGGGCGUGGAGCGGCAUGUGGUUAAACAACAUGACGAGCACGCGUCUUUUAAAGGGGUGGAGGGGGUGGGGUGUGGAGGUGAAAAACAACAGGCUUAUAAAGGGACAGUUUGAAAAUGUUUGUUUUGACAUUUUAGAGACAGAAAAUCCAAAUUUGGUCCAAUAAGUGUGAGCAGGAGAGGAGGAGACGUGUCCAACAUGUUCUCCUGAAUACUCCUUCAGUGUAAUAAUAUAAUAUUAAUAAUAAUAACUGAAAUCCACUCGCCGCCCUUGGUUUUUGUGUAACCUCAGUAUCGUCACAUGUUUAUAUUAACAGAGAGAAACCUCUCUCUCUCUGCUGCGUGAAGACGAAGUCGUGUUGAUGUUCCUGAAGAACCACGAGCUCCGUCUGAAGCGACUGUUCUUCACAAACUUUGCCCACUUAUGUAAACUACUCACUGUUUUCUUUAAAAUAUAUAUUUUUCCAUUAACAUAUGCAUUGGAAGCUGGAGCAGGUAGAUGUUAAGUAAACUCAGCACUUUUGGAGUCGAGGACGUUAGUGAACCUACAGUUCUGAACUCAGGACAGAGUAUUUUUCUGUGUUGUUAGAAAAGAGAAUUAACGAAGGAAUAUUAACGUAAUUUAUUUUGUGUAGCUGAACCGUCCGGACAGUAGAGGGUAGCUCAACAGUGUCUAGCAUGUUGUGUUUAGGUUAUUAUUAUUUUUUUGGGCCACACCCCAGUUAUUACAUCACUGGCUGAGGUUUGUGCACGAUGAGAACGUGCAGCUUCCUGUCAGCUGGUUUCUGCUCCGUGACUUUUCCUCUCAGUUCUUUGUUGAAACACAACUAGAAGAGCUGGCUCCUGUUUGCCAAGUGAAGCCAAACUCAACAGUCACCAGACGUGCCACUAAUCCUAAAUGUAUGUUUAUUUUUGGAUGAAUUCACCGGUGUUGUUGUGUAUAUUUUAGCAUCAGAGUAAGAUUAUUUUUCAUAAAUCGACCCUCCUUUCUUCACAUUACAAAACCUGCCUCGCUCAUCAUCAUGCUCAACCUAGUUAUUACACAACGGGUCACGUGACCGGGGGAUGAAGGUGGACUUGGUAAAAAAUAUGCACUGUAAAAUAUAGAACUACUGUAAAAAUUCAAAUUGCUGGGACGUGUCUUCAUUUUCAAGAUGAAAGUGAUAACACUGUAAAAUGCCUUAUAUAGAAAAACUGAGUGCUUCACUGUUACUGUACAGAGAACACAACGCAGUUUAAAAGAUUAUAAAUAAAGGU